AUGGACACCUCCACCAGUCAUACCAACAGUUCCAGCCUCCACAUCUCCCAGUUCAUCUUGAUGGGGCUCCCAGGCAUUCACGAGUGGCAGCAUUGGCUCUCCCUGCCCCUGGCUCUGCUCUACCUAUUAGCUCUUGCUGCCAAUCUCCUCAUCUUCAUCACCAUCCAACGUGAGCCCACACUACAUGAGCCCAUGUACCAUUUCCUGGGCAUAUUGGCACUCGUCGACAUUGGCUUGGCCACCACCAUUAUGCCCAAGAUUAUGGCUAUCUUCUGGUUUGAUGCCAAGGCCAUCAGCCUGCCUGAAUGUUUUGCUCAGAUGUAUGUCAUCCACUGCUUCUUCUGUAUGGAGUCCGGUAUCUUCCUCUGCAUGGCAGUGGACAGAUACAUAGCCAUCUGUCACCCUCUUCGAUACCCCUCCAUAGUCACUGGCGCUUUUGUGGUCAAGGUCACAGGAUUCAUGGUGCUCAGGAAUGGCCUGUUGACCAUCCCAGUGCCUGUCCUGGCUGCUCAAAGACUCUACUGCUCCAAGAAUGAAAUUGACCACUGCCUGUGCUCUAACUUGGGGGUUAUCGGUCUAGCUUGUGAUGACAUCAUCGUGAACAAGUUUUACCAACUGUUCUUAGCAUGGAUCAUAGUUGGAAGUGAUAUGGCUCUGGUUUUUUCUUCCUAUGCACUAAUCCUCCGCACUGUGCUGAGACUAAACUCAGCAGAAGCAAUGUCCAAAGCUCUGAGCACCUGCAGCUCCCACUUCAUCCUCAUCUUCUUCUUCUACUCAGGUAUCAUAGUGGUCUCUGUCACACACCUUGUAGAAGAAAAGAUACCCCUUAUCCCUGUCCUCCUUAAUGUGCUGCAUAAUGUUAUCCCUCCUGCUCUCAACCCCAUGGUCUAUGCUCUCAGGAUGCAUGAGCUCAGACUGGGUUUCCGGAGGUUGUUGGGUGGGGUGAAGAAUUGGCCAUCCACUUCAGAAGUAACCUCAGCUUUAUAA